UCAAAUCUCGCGAGACACUGCAACGAAAGGCGGGAUCUUUGGGCGGAAGCGUAAAACAUUUGAAGAAAGCAGCGCGAAGAGAAGGAGUGUUUGUGUGUCCGUCGCUCAGCUAUGAAAGGGAGAAAAACACUUCAUAUAAAGGAGGCCUUUCAGCAAACUCAAAAACCUCAUCAAAACCAUGCAAAGCUGGUGACAUCUUUAAAACAGACCUAUGAUGAGUUGCAGGAAAAAAGCGGUUUUCAUGAGGAGUUUGUUCAUUAUCUUAAGUAUGCCUUAAUAAUCUACAAACGGGAACCUGCAGUGGAAAAAGUGAUUAAUUUUGUGGCCAAGUUUGUUGCUUCCCUUUAUGAGCCAUUAGAAGAUGAUGCUGAAGAGGAAGAAACAGAAAAUUCACUUCUGAAUUAUUUGUUCAACUUUCUACUUGAGUCCCAUAAUGCCAACAACAAUGCAGUUAGAUUCCGAGUAUGCCAACUUAUUAAUAAACUUUUGGGAAGUCUGCCAGAGAAUGCUGAAAUUGGAGAUAAGCUGUUUGAUAAAAUUAACAGUGCCAUGCUGCUCCGAGUGAAAGACAAAGUUCCAAAUGUGAGAAUACAAGCUGUGCUGGCUUUGUCUAGACUUCAGGAUCCAAAGGACAGUGAUUGCCCAGUGAUUAAUGUGUAUAACAAUUUGGUUGAAAAUGAUUCCAACGCAGAAGUCAGGCGUGCUGUAUUGUCAUGUAUUAGUCCCUGUGCUAAAACACUUCCCAAAAUUGUAAGUCGGACUAUGGAUGUGAAAGAGGCAGUCAGGAAGUUAGCAUAUCAAGUCCUGGCAGAAAAGGUCCAUAUAAAAGCCUUAACAAUAGGCCAAAGGGUAAAACUUCUGCAGCAAGGGCUUAAUGAUAGAUCAGACCCAGUGAAAGAAGUGGUACAGAAGAAACUUCUUCAAGCAUGGCUACGUCUAGCGGAGGGGAAUGUGUUAGAAUUACUUCACUGGUUGGAUGUGGAAAGUUGCCCUGAAGUGGGCGUUUCAGCUCUUAAUGCAAUGUUUUCAUUGUCUCCACUCAAUGAUGUGAUUCAAAACUUCACAGAACUUGAUGGCAGGAAAGUAAUUCCAAUAGAAAAGCUAACUGCAGAAAGUGCCCUAUUUUGGAAGAUCCUUUGUGAAUACUUAAAAUCUCAGAAAGAAGAAGAAUUUUUAGAGUCUGUUCUGCCAGAACCUGCUGUAUAUGCAGAUUAUCUCUUAAGUUACAUUCAGAACGUGCCAGUUCUCAGUCAAGAAGAAAAGGAAGAUAUGACCUGUCUUGAUAAUUUGAUGACCAGAGAAUGUAUAGGUCAGCAGCUGAUUCUUAUGUUAGGCUGUAUGGAUACAUCUGAAGAGGGAGGAAGGAAGAAAUUGUUGACUGUCUUACAAAAAAUCCUCAUGACUCCAACCACUUCCGCUUUCCUUGUACCAUCACUUACGGAAAACCUGCUCCAAAUUCUGAAAGAUGAUGACAGAAGAAUCCAGACUGUGGCUGAAAUCAUUUCAGAGGUUCGUGAAGAGGUUAUUACAGUAGAUAAGCCAUCAGAUCCUACCGAAAUAAGGAAACAACAGCUUCAGUUGGCUGAAGUUAAAGUGAAACUCAUGGAAACAAAAGAUGCUCUGGAAAAAUGUGUGGCUCUGCAGGAUUUCAACCAAGCCUCUGUGUUGAAAGAGAGAAUAACAGAGCUUGAAAGCAAAAAAAGCGAUUUACUGAAAGAGGCGGAACAGCCUCAAACAAAAGAAAUAUGCAUGGAAAAGAAUGAUCCCGAAACUCUGCUGAAAUGCCUGAUAAUGUGCAAUGAACUUCUAAAACAGCUGUCCAGUUCCAAAGGAUUAGGCCCAACACUGGAUGGAAUAAUUGAAUCCUUGAUAAUUCCAGGAGUUACUAAUAUUCAUCCAGCUGUAAGAAAUAUGGCAGUUUUGUGUUUGAGUUGCUGUGCUCUGCAGAGCAAGGACUUUGCCAGUCAGCAUCUUGCAUUACUGUUGCAGGUCUUGCAAAUUGAUGAAAUUAAGAUAAAAUUCAGUGCUUUGAAGGGAAUCUUUGAUCAGCUAAUGACAUUUGGAAUAGAACCAUUCAAAGCAAAUAAGGAAGGAAAUUCCCACAAUGAAAAUGACAAGGAUGACAAUGAGACCAUCAAGGAAACUGAACACAAUCUACUUCAGCUUAUUUCUGGAUUCUUAGACAGUGAGUUUUCAGAACUUCGAACAGUAUCAGCUGAAGGCCUAGCCAAGCUCAUGUUCAUUGGGAGGCUAAGCAGUGCUAAACUCCUUUCUCGACUUAUUUUGUUGUGGUACAAUCCAGUAACUGAAGAAGAUAAUCGUCUCCGACAUUCAUUGGGAGUUUUCUUCCCUUUGUUUGCUUAUUCAAAUAGGGCUAAUCAGGAGUGCUUUGAAGAGGCUUUUCUUCCAACUUUGCAUAUAUUGUUCAAUGCACCUGUAACAUCACCAUUGUCGGAAGUUGAUAUCAGUAAUGUUGCUGAACUCUUAGUCGAUCUGACAAGACCAAGUGGACUGAAUCUGUGUACUAAAAAUACCCAAAAUUACCCGGGUUUGACAGCUCAUGAUAAUUUAGCACUAAAAUUAUGCAAUGAAAUUUUGAAGGAUCCAACUGCUCCAGAUGUCCGUAUCUAUACAAAAUCUCUGAGUUCUUUAGAACUCAAUAAAGAUUUUUCAAAAGAUCUUCUAGUCCUGCUUGAUGAGGUCCAUGAGAAAGUGAAAGAUAAAGCAUGCUUAAGAAUGAUUGAAAAAGUGAAGAGCAACUUAAAUGGGGGAAACCCUCUCAAUGGGGAUAUUUCUGGAGUGUCACAGGAAAGCAAUUCUUCUCAAGUAUCUCGAGACACUGGUGGUACCAUCAUUGUUCAUGACAGUGACAGAACCUCUGACCCCAAUGAUCAAUCUGAAGAAGCAAAUAAAGAAACUGCUCCACCUACGGAAGAGACAGAGAACACAGCCACAAAGUCAAGGUCUGUAAGGAGCAAAGCCGUGAAAGGUGCAAGAGAGAUUCAAGCAAAAACUGUUCCCAGAAGAAGAGCUUGUAGAACUGCAGACUCUGGAAGCGAAAGCAGUGAAGAAGUUCACCAGGCUGUUUCAGUGACAAGUUCAAGACCAUCCCGCCGAGCCAAAACAGCUGCUCUUGGGAAAACAAGGAAGAAUCUUUCUCAUUUUCUAGACACAGAAUGAAGUGAUUAGUUGAAAAGGAGACCAAUGGCGUUCCUCUGCUUGAUCUCUCAGAUUGCCUCCCUUUUCUUUUCCUUCACAAAGACAGGACCUCUGGAUUCAGAAUUUCCAAGCGGAAAUAUUUGCUCUUGUAUUAUCCUUUUUUUUUACUCAUGUUAAUUCAGAUGGUUUAUUUUUUAAAUAAAUAAAUCUGUACUACACACUGUGGGUGUUUCAUAAUCACACCUUCAUAUUACCCUGGUUUUGCAACACAUCUAGCUUAAUUCAAAGCUGUAUCACCAUUUUGCAUUGUGGCACAAGCGGAAAGCUGCCUUUGGACCUCAGUUGAGUAUUACCAUGGAAAAUGUAUUUAAUCUUGCAAAUGUACACAUGCAAUUGAAGGUAGACUUUUAAAAGAGAAUAAAUAAAAUAUAUUUCUUACUUAUAACA